AUGGAUUCGGUGAUUGAGUCUCUUGUACAAGAAUGGCUUCGUUUGGACAAAAAUCCAUCAACGAGAGCAGAAAUAGAAAAAUUAUAUGAUGAAAGGAACAUUGAAGAAUUAGGAAAACGACUCCUUAAUAGGAUCUCUUUUGGUACAGCAGGUCUUAGAUCAAAGAUGGAAGCAGGAUUUUCUAGAAUGAAUGAUUUAACAGUGAUUCAGGCUUCUCAAGGUCUCUGUGUGUACUUACUUGAUACAUUACCCACAUCAGUUGUUAAUGGUAUUGUGAUUGGUCAUGAUCAUCGACACAACUCGGAAAAUUUCGCAAGAUUAGCUGCUGCUGUUUUCUUAUCAAAGGGCUUUCUUGUUUAUUUUUAUCGCGAACUGGUCCACACACCUUUAGUGAACCCAAAACAGGACAAUGGUUAUAAAGUUUAUUGGGAAAAUGCAUGUCAGAUUACUCGGCCACAUGAUCAAGGAAUAGCUAAUUCAAUUAAAAACAAUCUUGAACCGUGGAUAUGGGAUCCCUAUUUAGUGGAUAAUAGUUCACUGUGUAUUGAUAAAACGAAAGAAAUGUUUGAUGCUUAUUUCGAAGAAGUAAAGAAAUUGUCACACCAUCAACAGGAUAAUAUGGCAUCAAAUUUCAAGUUUGUUUAUACAGCUAUGCAUGGCGUUGGUACUCCAAUGGCUGCCAGAGCUUUUGAUGUGUUUUCAUUGAAACCUUUUAUUCCUACAAAAGAACAAGUUGAUCCUGAUCCUGAUUUCUCAACAGUUGAAUUUCCAAAUCCUGAAGAAGGAAAAGCUAUAAAAACAGCCGAUGGAGUUGGAGCAAAUGUUAUAUUAGCGACAGAUCCUGACGCUGACCGAUUUUCAAUUUCUGAGAAACAAAAAAAUGGAGAAUGGAUAACUUUUUCUGGUGACCAAAUCGGUGUAAUGCUUGCUUGUUCUAUUUUAGAUGGUUAUAAGAAAACUGAGAAAGUAGCAAUGUUAGCCAGCACCGUUUCAUCCAAAAUGUUAUCAAGUGUAGCAAAAAAAGAAGGAUUUUAUUUUGGUGAAACAUUGACAGGAUUCAAAUGGAUAGGCAAUGAAGCAAUCAAUCUAGAAAAAAAUCAAGGUUAUGAUGUUUUAUUUGCAUAUGAAGAAGCUAUCGGGUUUAUGAUUGGUGAUAUUGUUAGAGAUAAAGAUGGAGUUACUGCAUUAGCUGUAUUUGCUGAAUUGACGGUACAGUUAAAAAAACGUGGAACAACAGUUUCGGAGUAUUUAGACGAAUUAUACCGAAGAUAUGGAUAUUUUAUGGGUAAGAAUUCUUAUUAUGUUUGUCACUCCCCAACAACCAUUAAUAAAAUUUUCGAUAAGAUUAGAUAUGAUGAAACCCCCGCCAAACAAACUACAGACUCUAAGUAUCCGUUAUCAUAUCCUACAACAUUGGCAAAUUAUAAAGUAAUUUACACAAGAGAUUUAACGAUUGGUUAUGACUCGAGUCAACCUGAUAACAAACCAAUAUUUCCUAUUUCCAAAAGUUCACAAAUGAUUACUUUUGGUUUGGAAAAUGGGUGUAUUGUAACUUUAAGAACUAGUGGUACUGAACCAAAAAUCAAAUAUUAUUUUGAGUUAUCGGGUGAUGAUAAGGACCAGGUUGAAAUGGAAUUAUCAAGGAUAGUUAAAACAGUUAUUGAUGAAUUAUUAGAACCUGAGAAAUACGGUUUGGAAUAUCCCAAUGUUUGUCGGCAUCUUUUCUUUUUGGCAGUUAAAUUGGCAGGAUUUAUAUUAAAAUUAUCAGCGUGUGGGUGGACUUUACAUAGGGUUGAAAUUGUACUUUUAUCAGUACUAGUAUAA